AAGUGAUUCACAGUUAAAUCUUUCACUAUUUUCUCGAAAAUCACCAGAUUCUAGGAAAAGCUUCUUGUUUGGCUUAUUUUUGAUAAUUUUUUGUUUUACAAUGUUGAUCAACGAACUUCCUGAUGAUUGUUUGAUGGCCAUUUUUGAAUAUGUGAAUGACCUGGACGAUCUAAUAAACUGCUACAAAGUGUGUGUUGGAUGGAGCUAUUUAAUUGCUGAGCGGACUAAAAAAGCUAAAUAUUUGUUGGAGGAUCCUUGGCAGACCGAUGAUUAUGAACAUGACGACGAGGACGAUUCUGAUUAUUCUGAUUUGUUUCGUUAUCCAUGGGAUUGUGUUUUUUAUCGAGGAAGAAACCCAAUCGAUGUAACCUGUUUGAACACAUUAUUUCCAAAUUUAACAAUUUUGGAAUUCACAUAUAGAUUGGAAAAUAAAAUGAAAAGAAGUGAGAUUGUUUCAUUUGUCAGAAAUCAUGAAUCUUUGAAAGGAAUAAUCGAUGAAAAUGGCUAUCCAGUUUCAGAAUAUUGUAAUAAACUCGAAAUGACAUCCACCUAUUCAGAUGAGUUAAGCAAAAUACAAAAUGCUUCCAAUAUAAAACAAUUGUACACUGGAAAUUUUUCUGUCGAGGAUGUCAAAAAAUAUGCUCAUGAUUUCCCGAAUCUUGAACUACUACGUACUUCAAUUAACAUGAAAGGGAAAAACAAAGGGUCAAGAGUUUCAGUAUUUGAAAAGCUUAAAAUACUUAUACUAUAUUCCGAUGAUCAGAAAGGUUUUCAUGGUUUCCAUUUGAUGGAUUUAUGUCCAAAUUUACAGAGUGCCUUCAUUACCAUGGAAUGCAAUCGCUUUUUUGUUGAUGAAACAGUAAAACAUGAAUGUUUGCAGGAUUUAGUGAUACAGUUUUUUGGCGAUAAACGAAUCAACUGGAAUGAUUUAGAAAGAUUGUUGAUGAAAUAUCCGAAUCUCAAACAUCUUGCGUUGAGGAAGCCCCGUGGCAUGAAUGAUGAACAUGUCGAGAAAUUGAUUCAAAUUUUACCAAAUUUAGUGCUACUUAAUGUUGAGAAUUGGCCUACAAUCACUAAAAGAACUGUUGAUAUCGUUGAUGAUUAUUGUAAAAGAAAUGGACGAUCAAUCAAAUGUUACGUCGAAAGGAAUUACAAUGAAAUUAAAUCAGAUUGGCCUCAUUUAUCCACUACAAAUGAAAAAAUUAGUCGAGGCUUUGAUUUCAUGAAACAUUGCUUUCUUAAAGAUAGUUUUGAACUUCCACAUUUCUUGGUUCCUGUUGAUUAUUGAAACUAAAUACUUUUUGAUAAUAAUAAUAGUCAAUAAUAUCUAUUUUCCAGUUCAGUUUUUCUGUAAUAAACGAAAUUAA